GCCGCUGCUGCAGGUUGGAGGCAUCAUCUCAGCUUUUUGAGCUUUCUAUUGAGCAGACGCUGAAGAAGCUGCAGCGGCAAGUGAGCAGAAUGAGGGUGCUGUUGGUUUGUCUGCUUGUUGGAACUGUUACCUGUGUUCCUCAAGGAGGUGGAGCUUAUCAGCCCAGAGGGCAUCCUCCAUUCUCUGGACAACUUCAGUCUGAGCCAGUCUAUGAAAGGCCUUCCGGACAGUCGGGUUAUAGUGGCGCUCCGGGAUAUUUUACUAGUGGAACCUACACUACAGGAGGCAGUGGAAGUCCUCCCAUGUGGUACUCUGCUUCCCAUCCUGAACAAGAGCCAGCCAAGCCAACUUAUCAGAGACCAGCACAGUCCAGUGGUCAUGGCAGCUACGGCAGUGUUGACAGCAGCUACUCUGGUUCUGGAUCUCAACAGUCUGGUUCCCAGGGUGCUCAGUCUGGAGCUCCAGGCAGCCAGCACCAGGUUGAACAGGAGAGCUGGAGCUCCUCAUCUGAUGAGGAGGAGCCAGAGUUCACUCCAGUGAGCGAGGAGGAUCAAGUGUACGCUUUCAAGACUCGCUCUCGCUACAACCAGAAACGGUUGCUGUUCAGUCAGUUCCGCUACACCCCAACAGAACCCCGUGUUCCUCAAGAACCAGUGUUCCCAUACCCCAGCAAGUCUCAUCAGGGCAAAGGUUCAGCCAAAGGAAGCCGCUAGGAUCUCGUUGAGCAUCACUCAUGGGUGACGUUUUGGUUCUGAUGUUGAGCUGCUGAAAAGAAUUAAAAAAAAAUGCAAAAGA